AUGGGACAUGAGACAAAUCAUGAUGAGCAGAAAGAACGAGAGCGAGACAAACUUGACAAACUCGGUGUCGUAUUUCCUCAAUUUAUCGUCAAUUUAUCGAUCCCGUUCCACCGCCAAGCCUAUCAUGGGCGACACUCUAAGGAAAAUGUCACUUCGGAGCUCAAAAGCGAGUGA